AUGAAUAUUACAUACACAUCCAGUGAGAUGUCAGACUUGGUCAAUGUACAUGGAUGGAUGGAGGAGGCUCUGAGCUCACAGGAUGAAAUGAAUGAAAAUCAGCAGCAGUCUGCAUAUGAAAUGUUGUCUGGCUUGAGUCAUGAAGAACAUGGAAGCCUUGAUGGGGAAGAAGAGGAUGAAGAGGACGAGGAUGGAGAAAAGCCAAAGAAACGAGGACCCAAAAAAAAGAAGAUGACAAAAGCUAGGAUUGAGAGGUUCCGUGUGCGCAGAGUGAAAGCCAAUGCCAGGGAGCGUUCAAGAAUGCAUGGGUUAAAUGAUGCAUUGGACAACCUAAGGAGGGUAAUGCCUUGUUAUUCAAAAACACAGAAGUUGUCAAAAAUUGAAACCCUUCGGCUUGCCAGGAACUAUAUAUGGGCAUUAUCUGAGGUGCUGGAAAGAGGGCAAACUACAGAGGGAAAAGGUUUUAUGGAAAUGCUUUGUAAAGGACUUUCCCAACCAACUAGCAAUCUGGUUGCUGGUUGCCUUCAACUUGGACCUCAGACAAUGUUUUUGGAAAAACAUGAGGAGAAAACCCACUUAUGCGAGUCUUCCAUCUCUAAUCACACCUACAGUUACCAGUCACCUGGCCUACCUAGUCCUCCAUAUGGUAGCAUUGAAGCUCAUCACUUGCACUUGAAACCUCCAUCUUUCAAAACUAUAGUAGAUCCUUCUAUGGUGAGCCAUACUUUAAACUGUACUACACCUCCUUAUGAAGGUGCUCUAACUCCACCACUAAGCAUCACUGGUAACUUCUCUUUGAAGCAUGAUAGUUCACCUGAUAUAGAUAAGUCCUACACAUUUCGGUCCCAUUACCCACCAUUGGGUCUAGGUGGAUCUCAUAGUCAUGUUUCACACUUUCAAACUGCUGUUCCUAGAUAUGAAAUUCCUUUAGACAUGGGCUAUGAGUCUUACCAACACCACACUAUGUUUACUGAAUAA